AUGAGCUCGCAAAAGAUUGGCAUCGUUGGGAGUGGUCUGAUUGGUCGUGCCUGGGCAAUGCUCUUUGCUGCGGCCGGCUAUCGUGUCUGCCUCUAUGACAUUCUGGAAUCACAAAUUGUGACAGCUUUGGCAGAGCUUGGACAGGAGCUACGGAAUCUUGAGAAUAAGGGUACACUUCGUGGCGAAUUAAAGGCAGCCGAGCAGCUAGCAUUAAUAAGCACCACCACAGAGUUGGAGCAGCUCGUGGUAGACGCAGCUUAUAUUCAGGAAUGUAUUCCAGAGCGUGUGGAACUGAAAGUCAACCUCUACGCUCAGCUCGAUAAGGUGCUCCAACCUCAGACUAUAGUGGGCAGCUCGACGAGCACGUUUCUGCCGUCCCGCUUUACGGCUGGGUUAAAGCAGAAGGCACAGAUGCUCGUGGCGCAUCCCCUGAAUCCGCCAUAUUUUAUACCGUUGGUUGAGAUCGUACCCGCCCCUUGGACCUCUGACCAGGCAGUGCAACAAACUUACGAUUUGAUGGUUUCGUUGGGACAGCGUCCGGUUAAGUUGAACCGAGAGAUCGAGGGCUUCGCAACCAACCGCAUACAGUACGCCAUAUUAAACGAAGUGUGGCGCUUGGUGGCUGCCGGAAUACUCAAUGUCCUCGAUGUAGAUCGUGUUCUGAGCCAAGGUCUGGGUCUGCGGUACGCGUUGCUGGGUGCCCUGGAGACGGCUCAUCUGAACGCCCCCGGAGGCGUUGCGGACUACUUCCAGAGGUUUGGCGGCGAAAUGGCGAAAGUGAGUGCCACCUAUGGACCCACUCCUGAUGUGCGUGAUAGUGAAAUGCUGGCGAAGAUAGCGCAACAAUGUGAGGAAAUUGUGCCGCUCCAAGGACUGCCUCAGCGACGCGCCACGCGCGAUGCAUUCCUGACGAAAUUGGCCGCACUCAAGCGCCAAUUUGAGUAAAGAAUGAAAAGGCGUAUAUAGUAUAUUUAUGACAAUAUUAUUCGGCUUUAUUAAAGUUUCGCUUAAAUGGAAA